GAGGCAAGCGGGAGGCUCACGCGGCGCGUCGGGACAGGAGAGAGAGCGAGCCACACGGGCAGAGUCCCAGAGUGCCCGCCCGCCUCAGUAGCGGCUGCCACUCGCUGCGACUCUAGGAGGCGUUCUGGGGAACUCGGCUUUACAAUGGUUGAUACCGAAAUGCCGUUUUGGCCCAUGAACUUUGGUAUUAGCCCAGUUGAUCUUUCUGCAAUGGAUGAACACUCCCAUGCUUUUGACAUAAAGCCCUUCAGCACCGUUGAUUUUUCCAGCCUUUCUUCUCCACAUUAUGAGGACCUCCCUCUUGCAAGAACUGACCAGAUAGCCCUUGACUAUAAAUAUGAUGUGAAAUUUCAAGAUUGUCAAAAUGCAAUUAAAGUAGAACCUCCAUCUCCACCGUAUUUCUCAGAAAAACUUCAGAUGUAUAGUAAACCACAUGAAGAAGCCUCUUGUUCUCUCAUGGCUAUUGAAUGCAGGGUGUGUGGGGACAAAGCUUCUGGGUUUCAUUAUGGAGUGCAUGCAUGUGAAGGUUGCAAGGGUUUCUUUCGCAGAACAAUCCGUUUAAAAUUAAUCUAUGAUCGAUGUGAUCUCAACUGCCGCAUUCAUAAAAAAAGUAGAAAUAAAUGUCAAUAUUGCCGAUUCCAAAAGUGCCUUGCAGUUGGAAUGUCGCAUAAUGCUAUUAGGUUUGGGCGAAUGCCACAAGCUGAGAAGGAGAAACUCUUGGCAGAGAUUUCAAGUGACAUCGACCAGCUGAACCCUGAGUCUGCUGAUCUGCGAGCCCUGGCCAAGCUGCUCUAUGAUUCCUACAUAAAGUCUUUCCCCCUGACCAAAGCCAAGGCGAGGGCAAUCUUGACAGGAAAGACAACAGACCAAUCACCAUUUGUCAUUUAUGACAUGCAUUCCUUAAUGAUGGGAGAAGACCAGAUCAAGUGUAAACAUUUGAGCCCCAUGCAAGAGCAAAAUAAAGAAGUGGCCAUACGCAUCUUCCAGCGUUGCCAGUUUCGCUCAGUGGAAGCUGUUCAGGAAAUCACUGAAUUUGCCAAAAGCAUUCCAGGUUUUGUGAGUUUAGACCUCAAUGACCAAGUAACUCUCCUGAAAUAUGGAGUGCAUGAGAUCAUCUAUACGCUCCUAGCCUCCAUGAUGAAUAAAGAUGGUGUUCUCAUAUCCAAUGGACAAGGAUUCAUGACUCGGGAGUUCCUAAAGAGCCUGCGGAAACCUUUCUGUGACUUUAUGGAGCCAAAAUUUGAGUUUGCUGUCAAAUUCAAUGCACUGGAAUUAGACGACAGUGACUUGGCAAUAUUUAUAGCUGUCAUUAUUCUCAGUGGAGAUCGACCUGGAUUACUGAAUGUGAAACCUAUUGAAGAUAUUCAAGAUAGUUUGCUGCAAUCACUAGAACUUCAAUUAAAGCUGAAUCACCCAGAAUCAUCACAGCUGUUUGCAAAAUUGUUGCAGAAAAUGACAGACCUCAGACAGAUUGUAACAGAACAUGUGCAGCUGUUGCAAAUUAUAAAGAAAACGGAGACAGAUAUGAGCCUUCAUCCACUCCUACAAGAAAUUUACAAGGAUUUGUAUUAAGGGUCAUCAGAUUUCUAAUUCAUUUACAUAAGUACGUUCAUCAAAUUGCACUAUUUCUUUAAGAGGAAAAAUAUUACAUACCUAAGAAAUUACUGUGAAAAAAAAAACCAUUUAAAGAGACAGAGCUUUACUAUUAUAGAUCUAUUUUAUGCAUAUUGUUUAUAAAGAUACAUUUACAAUUUGCUUUUAAUAUUAAAAUGUCUUUAUCAUCAAAA